AAGAAGACCAGCUCAAUGGAAAUCACAUCAUGUGAAAUCACCACCACCUGGUUUUCCACCAAGGUGCUGUUGGCAGCGGCCGUCUGCACGAAGGCGGGAAAGGCUAUUGUUUCUCGACAGUUUGUGGAGAUGACCCGAACUCGGAUUGAGGGCUUGUUGGCAGCGUUUCCAAAGCUCAUGAACACUGGAAAACAGCACACGUUUGUUGAAACAGAGAGUGUAAGAUAUGUCUACCAGCCUAUGGAGAAGCUGUACAUGGUGCUGAUCACUACCAAAAACAGUAACAUCUUAGAAGAUCUGGAGACCUUGAGGCUUUUCUCAAGAGUGAUACCUGAGUAUUGCCGAGCCUUAGAGGAAAAUGAAAUAUCCGAGCACUGUUUUGAUUUAAUUUUUGCUUUUGAUGAAAUUGUUGCCCUGGGGUACCGGGAGAAUGUUAACCUGGCCCAAAUCCGAACCUUCACGGAAAUGGACUCUCACGAGGAGAAGGUGUUCAGGGCCGUUAGAGAGACUCAAGAGCGUGAAGCCAAGGCUGAGAUGCGGCGCAAAGCAAAGGAGUUACAACAGGCCCGGAGAGAUGCGGAGAGACAGGGCAGAAAAGCCCCAGGGUUCGGAGGGUUUGGAAGCUCUGCCGUAUCUGGGGGCAGCACGGCGGCCAUGAUCACAGAGACCAUCAUCGAAACCGAGAAACCGAAAGUGGCCCCUGCACCGGCCAGGCCUUCAGGUCCCAGCAAGGCUUUGAAACUUGGAGCCAAAGGGAAGGAAGUAGAUAAUUUUGUGGACAAAUUGAAAUCUGAAGGUGAGACUAUCAUGUCCUCCAAUAUGGGCAAGCGCACUUCUGAAGCAACCAAAGUGCAUGCUCCACCCGUUAAUAUGGAAAGUGUGCACAUGAAGAUUGAGGAGAAGAUCACGCUGACCUGUGGCCGAGACGGAGGGCUGCAGAACAUGGAACUGCACGGCAUGAUCAUGCUGAGGAUCUCAGACGAUAAGUUUGGCCGAAUUCGUCUUCAUGUAGAGAAUGAAGAUAAGAAAGGGGUGCAGCUACAGACCCAUCCAAAUGUGGAUAAAAAACUUUUCACUGCAGAGUCUCUAAUUGGCUUGAAGAAUCCAGAGAAGUCAUUUCCAGUCAACAGUGACGUCGGGGUGCUAAAGUGGAGGCUACAGACCACGGAAGAAUCUUUUAUUCCGCUGACAAUUAACUGCUGGCCCUCGGAGAGUGGAAACGGCUGUGACGUCAACAUCGAGUACGAGCUGCAGGAAGAGCACUUAGAGCUGAGCGACGUGGUCAUCACCAUCCCGCUCCCAUCCGGUGUCGGGGCGCCGGUGAUUGGGGAGAUUGAUGGCGAGUAUCGGCAUGACAGUCGACGAAAUACCCUCGAGUGGUGCCUGCCAGUGAUUGAUGCCAAAAGUAAGAGCGGCAGCCUUGAAUUCAGCAUCGCUGGGCAGCCCAACGAUUUCUUCCCUGUUCAAGUCUCUUUCAUCUCCAAAAGAAACUACUGUAACAUACAGGUUACCAAGGUGACCCAGGUCGACGGAAGCAGUCCCGUACGGUUUUCCACAGAGACCACUUUCCUAGUGGAUAAGUAUGAGAUCCUGUAAGACCGAGGAGAGGGAAGCAGAAAGGAAAAAUGUCAUAUUAAUAAAGAAGAAGCCAACAGUGGCGGAAGAGUUUUUCCAAAUCUACAA